UACCCGGUGAUCCACGUGUGGUGCAGUUGAAGCUCAAUGAACUUCAGCUGAUCAUUACAGCUUAUCUUUAUACACUCAAGGCCAAAAAGAUUUUUCUUACUAAGUCUUGCAGAAGGGAGUAGCUUUCACGAAGUAGGAAUUUAUAGUAGUUAUCUAAGAAUGUCUUCUUUGCAUCUCUUCUUCCUUUGAAACUGGUUUGCUGGCUUUGAUGUGAAUUUAAGGGAGAGAAUAUUGCUUAGAAGGAUCAAACUCUUUUGUACUAAAGAUAUAGUAGAAAACUUGUAACAGCUUUGUAUUCCAAAGGAUAAAAAAAAAUAUUUUUGUGUGAACAGCUCAGUACCUCCUUAACAGUUGAACAUCGCUUUUGUAAUGAAGCUAUAUUGUUCUGAGACAAAAAAAUACAGAAUUCUGGUAGUUUGUGGUGGCAAACAACUGCCAUUAUACUAAAUACAACUGUUAUAACCCAAUUACAAAGUUUUUCUUAGCACUGCUUACUGUUAGAGAUGACAGCAACCUGCUCCACGUUCUACCUAUCUGAAGUCAAAUAGUUUGUGAAUGUUGCUUUUGGGACUCAGAAGCACAUUAGAUACUAUGUAUUUAUAAAAUAUGGGUUACAACUGGUAAAUCAAACUACAGCACUAAUCAGUCUUUAAUUGUGUAUAUACCAAUACACUUAAAUAUUUCUAAAAUAUUUACGUUUUCUUGAUCGCUGUAUAAUAGGCAUUGUAGGAAAAUUGCAAGAUGGUCUGUUAUUUAAAUCUCGCAUAUAAGUUAUUCUGUUACAGAAGUUAUUUAACUCUAUUCAAUACUGAUGAAGGAAAAGCAGUAGAAUAAGUUGUUUGCACAAAUCCCUGCAUAAGCACUUAAUUUUGUCUUAGCAAUUACCCUUUUUAUUGUUUUGGAAAUAAACACAGCAGCUUUUUGUUAAUAAUUUUGGAAAAGCUGUGAGAGAAAGUGUCAGGGGAGUUCCAUAUUACUUAAUUUAUUCAUACAGACAAAAGAUGAAGUAACUCAGAAAACAUGUUAAGCAAUGUUUAGAGUAGGUGAUGUGUCUCUGUAAUUGCUUUGAGAUGAGUGCUUUCAUCAUUUUAAAUGCAUUUAUUACAUAUAAAUGGAAAGUCACCUCAUCCUAACAGAGAGAAAAAUGAAAGAUAAAAACGCUUUAACUGCUGCUUGUAGUAGUAGUGAAAGCAAAGGAAGAAUGGAUUCGACAAAGGUUCGUGAGUCAUCAUUUUUGGAAUCUCAUGAUCGCGUUCUUUUGGAUACUCCUGUCACUAGAGAGCAAAUGAAUCACUAUCAAGCUGCAGCUGAAGCUGUUCAAAGUGAACUUGCAGCACUUUCAGUGAAGUAUGAUUGUGUCGAGUCAGAGCUUCUUGAACUCAGGUCCAGCAUAAUCUCUAAAGAAGCUUCUUUUCAAGAGCUGAAGGCUGAAGCUGAAAACUAUAAGGAAAACAAUGCUAGACAGAUGUCUUGCCUCCUGUCUUUGCAAACACGAAUCCAGGAGAUGGAGGAAGAGUUUUGUGUGCUCGCCACUUCUAAAAACCAGGCUGAGCUGACAGCUCAGGUGGCAUAUAAGGAAAACUGGGAGCUGAAGGAGGAGCUGCACAGUCAAAAUGCCAAACUUAAUAAAUAUUUGAAUAAAAGUGAAGAAAACAUGACUCAAGCUUCUAAAAUCAGCAGGAAGUAUGAAGAGCUCCUUACACAGCUUUCUGGAUUCUUGGACACAGACAUCAGAGAAAAAGAGAAACCACAAGAACAUUUAAUGUCAAAGGUCUCUGAAAUAUGUAAAGAAAAUCUGACACUAAAAGACCAGGUUGCUGCUCUUCAAGAAGCUGUUAAUGUCCAUGAGAUGGAGUCUAAAGCUAGCAGAGAAACUAUCAUGAGGCUAGUUUCAGAAGUGACAAAGGAGCAAAAAAAGGUGGCAGGAUACUAUCAAGACAUGGAAAAACUUAGUAAGGAUCUUGACAGCACUAUAAUAGAGAGACAGAGUUUAGAGAUGGAGAUCAGAAACCUCCAAGAUAAACUGGCUGUUAACCAGAAAGCCUUGGACACCUCAAAGAGGGAACUGCACAGUCUGAAGAAAUCUUCCAGCGAGUUAGAUGGAGGCUUGAAGAGCAGCAGAGCAGAAGCCAGGACUGCUUGGAGCUCUUUAGAGGCUUUUAAAGAACAAAUUGCUACCCUACUCAGCAGUGGAUCUGCAAUAGUUGAACCGUCCGAGAAGGCCAUUUUGGAGAGGAUUCGAGAAAUAAAUUGUAAAGAGGAGAGUAAACAAAUAAUGGUAUCUCAACUUGAAACCCAAAUAGCUAAAUUGACUGAAGCUUUGGAAAAUCAGACCAGAUUGUACCACGAAGCUCUGGAGAGGAGCAGGAAAGCUGAAAAAUGUUCUGAGAGUUUCCAGGAUCAACUGAAACACUUGGAAGAAGAAUUACUGGCUGUAGAUCUGAUGCAGGAUGGUUUGAAGCUUGAGAAACAAAAAUAUCUGAAAUUUCUGGAGCAACUGAAUGAGAAGAUGAAGCUGGAUAGUCUAGCAGCAGAGUUUGGAUUUGAUAUGAAUAUGGAUGCGAUUCUAGCCCGGGUAGAGCAGUUAGUGAAUCUGGAAGGUGAUGCAGUGAUUGAAAACAAGACUGUGGCACACAGCCUCAGAAGGAAGUUGAAGACUCAGAAGGAAAAACUUGAAAGCAAAGAGCUUCACGUGAACCUUCUGCGGCAGAAAGUAACCCAACUGGAAGAAGAGAAGCAAAUCAGGACUGCCUUAGCUGUGGAAAGGGAUGAGGCCAAUCUUGCUGUCAGAAAGUUACAUAAGAUGAUAGAGAGGUUACAGAAGCAGCUUGAUGUGGCAAGGGAAAUGAAUACUGAUCUCAAAGCCAAGCUGUCUGAAACCAAUGAACUUAAGAUCAAAACUUUGGAGCAGAACAGAACAAUAGAAGAACUCAAUAAGUCUCAAGGCAAAUUGGAAAGAAUGAAAGAAAAAGCUGAGAAGGAACUUAGAUCUGUCAAAUCAGAACUUCUUUUAAAGGAACGUAAAGCUACUGAAGAUAAAGAAAAAAAACAAAAUAUAUUAGAAGCAGUUACCAGUGAAACGAAGGUGCUUAAAACAACCCUUGCAGAACUAGCAAAAAGAGAGAGACAGCUGGCAGAUUUCCGAGAGGUGGUCUCGCGGAUGCUGGGCCUCAACAUUGCCAGCCUGGCUCUUCCUGACUAUGAAAUCAUUACAUGUCUUGAGGAGUUGAUUCACUCUUAUCAGCACCACUGCUUCCCCUGUGUCUGCCUCAAAGACGUGCCAAGGGCACCAGAGGAGCAGCAAAGAAAUGUACAGCUUCUUCACUGAAAGGAGAUGGAACAAAGUAAAAUUUUUUUUUUGCUUAAGGCCUUACCUGCCACACAUCUACAGAAAAGAGAUACUUAUUUCUAUUCCCUACUCUACAGACACCGACUAAGGCUGAUUUUUAGAAUUUCAAUAGGGAGACUGAGCGAAAUAGAUAGAGUAAAGCCAGGAGCCUAGAGAUGGCAAAGAGAAAAUCUCUGGGCAGCAUAAUGCUUCAGUUAUGAAAAUGAUAGGCCCUUCAGUUAUGAUCAGCGAGACCCUCCAGUUUCAUUGCAGAGGCACUGAAGUCAUGGGCCACCAUGGGCCACAUGACCAAACAUGUCAGUUCACAGUUUUGGAAAGCACUUGAGAAGUUAGUAAAUGUCCACUUUAGUGUCAUUCCUUCUGAUUUACCUCUGGGUGUCAAGGAUAAAAUAAAGUAGGGGUUGUCCUGCUGCUGUUUCUCUUGCCAAAUGGGACCUCUCUGCAUUUUUACACAUAAGGACUUUAGCUUCAAGAUAGUCAUCUGGAAGUUAGAGGAUUAUCUCAAUUUUUGAACAUGAGAUUUUUUUUUCUUUUAUUUCUGUUGUUUUCCUUUUCUGCGUUUGUGCAAAACAAGAAGUUUUGCAGCAAAGGCUUUUCCACAGGCUCCUGUCAUGUGCCUGAUGUAGAUAUAUUUGGUAAAAUUGAAUGGUGACCUUGGUCAUGAUGCCUUGAAAAGUUUUCUUCUAGCUGCUGUAUUCCUUGGGCAAUUGAUCCACAGGCCAAAUAAAUGGUGAUUGUUCUGAGUUAAGGAAAUUUUAAAAUUGUAAAAUGCUUGUCCAUUACAGAAAAUACGCGAAUUACUAAAGUCUUUAUUUUCAGAGAAACAAUGAUGAGGUGUACAGAACUACCUCUUAAUCAUAAAAACUGCUUUCUAUCACCUUUUCUGAGUGUUGUUAAACUUUAUGAUUUUUUAAAGGAAGUAUGAACAGUAAAUCUGCUUUCAUAGCACUCUCAACUUCAUUCUGUGUUUUUAGUUUUUUGUUCCCAUUAUAUGUUUUGUAUGGAUGUGUAGAACAAUAAAGAAGACUAAUCUAUUUAUGUCUGACCAUUUGUGGGCUUUCUACAGUAUCUCAGCAAAUGAUAACCCACUCAGUAAAACUGAACACACUAUUUUAGGAAAAAUUACACUUUUUCAAGUAGGAGUGGUAAUUUUGGUAUCUGGCUACAGACUCAAAGCAUGCUUUUAUUUCACUUGCCUCUGAAACUUCUCAGUGAAUUGUUUGUAAAACAAAUCAGUCAUUGGGGGAGAUAAACUAAAUCAUAUUUUCUUAUGCUCCUGUGGCUACCUGGAUUAAAAACAAUUUCAUUUCUUGUUUUAUCAUGUAACAUUGUUUUGGAGGGAAUGGCUUCAAACUGAAAGAG